CAUGCACGCGGCACGAAAAUCGUCAGAUACUAAAAGUAAAGUAAAAGAGAAAUCAAAGGAUGACAUAACAUUGAAAAAUGUAAAUGAGAAACUCAAAAAGAGCGUAUACAGUGUGUCUACUCCGAGGCCAUACCUUCAACAAUCCACAACUGCGGAUAUAUAUUCAAGACAAAACAGUGCAUUAAAAGCGCCAAAGAAAUCUACACAAUCUACGACUAAGAAUAGCGUAUCGCCAAUGAAAAAUCUGUUAAAAGCCUCACCUUCUUUGACACAUAUUAAAAAGAGCGGGAAAACAACAGAAUCUUCAACUGCUAAAGACAAGGCUGUCCCUGAUACAGCCAGGUCUAAUAAAACGCCGCGCUCAUCGAAAAGUUUGCCAUUCACAAACGUCACUGUAAAUUCUCCAGUUGUUAAACGCAAGCUAGUUUCUGAAUUUGAAACAAAAUUGGAAGAUGCAAAAAACAUUGAUGAAAGUAGAAAUAAAGCAAUCGAAACAAAAAAGGCUUCGAAUAAAGCUGAAGCAGUUAUUAUAAAAGACGUAAAAAAUAAGGAGAGGCAACGAACCAAAACAAGAACUUUGGAUGAAGGUGAAGUGAAGAUAUUGACUCCUGAUGCGGUUGAUAAUAAUGCUGAAAUGCUCAACUUGGCUCAAAGGCUGAAAGCUCAACCCAAAGCAUUUUUUGUUGAUCUAAAAGGUGAUCAUUCACAGAUACAAAAAUUUAAAGAGGCAAGUGACGAUGACGUCAGUUACGAAGAUGAUUUUGAGAGUUACGAGUCCGAUUUCGACUCUUACCACAGUUCAUCGUCAGGCAAGGUGGACGAUGACGCAUCCAGUGGUGUAUCAGAUACUAAAGACCGUGAUGAAGACUAUAUUCAGACGAAAGAGGAGAAAAUGCUGGAUUCUGGAACCUUCGAGCUUCGCGAUCGUACUGCGACCAAAACGAAACCGAUGGAGUUCAUACUCGAAGACACUAACGACAAGAAGGUCUCGCUCACCGAUGAGGGGUUCCAGGAGAUGUCCAGUUCCAGCACUGUCUCCAGCAUGAGGACUGUACACUCGGAUGUGUUGGAGCGACCAUUAUUUAUCGAUUUCACUAUGUCAAAAGAGAAUAGAAAAAAGCGAAGAAUAUUUGAGAAACUCAAACAGAGAGCGAAUGAUAUUUUAAGUAUGGUAACACUGCAUGAAAUGUCUUUUACGCUCUUCGAAAUGAAGCCAAUACCGUACGACUUGUAUAUGGCAACGUUUGGGAGAGCAAAUUACACACAAGUUUCGGUACAAACAUUUGAUGAUGGUAUCACACAAGAAGUGCAAACGGAAGACGUAGAACUCAAUAAUAAAUGGACACAACAUCCAGUUGAUUUUACAAAUGAACUCAUUUGCGUGACACGUAAAGAAAACAAAGAAAAAAUACAUAAAGACAAUGAUGAUGUUUUAAUGAAAGUAACGAAUUUAAUCAAUUUCGAUGAAAAGCAGCUAAAUUCUGAAAUAGAUGAUAGUUACAGAACAAAUCAUUUGCGAGCGUAUUUGGAGCAAAAAGAUGGUGCAGGAAACGAUGAGACGCUGCCAUAUGAUGUAUAUGAUUCGAUAAUUAGAAAAACUGAUUUUAAUGUUGUUAAUCUAAGGAAGUUUUUAAAGAAGGUUGAGGGUAGAUUAAGCAAUAUAUUAAGCACAAACAGUGGCAACACUCAAAUAUCAAAUUUGAUAAGCACAUCCAAGUUUCCGUUUAGUAAAGAUUAUGUGUCGAUAUCUAUGAAAAAUUAUAAGAAUAAGUGCGCCUUCAUGAAAGAUACUAAUAUAGUUGGAAUUGUUUUUUCUCAGACGAAAAGUAACUUAAUAUUUACGAUACAUGAAAAAUGUAAAUCUGAUACACAUAAAAGUGUGCUUUGUCUAUGGGAUCUAAGUAUUGCCAUGUUAGAACCGAUUAAAUUGUUAAUAGCCACAGAUUAUAUAGAAAUAAGUAAAUUCAGAGGUAGUACCGAUGGGAUACUUGUUGCGGCUUUAAAAGAUGGAGCAGUUCAUUUAUGGGACUUAUCGGAAGAAACAAAUUGUUUCGAUAGCGGCUUUGAUUCUAAAGAGCAAGCAGAAUUAAAGGAAAAUAGAAACAACAAAACUAAUCAGUUCAUACCCAAAAGACCCUGUGCCUACACAAGCAGUGCUUCUAAUAUGAAUCUGAUGGAGCCAAUAGACAGAAUUGUGGGUUUGGAUUUUACAACUAGCAACACUGUUGCGUUUGAAAAUGGAAACAAAGUUAUUGGGCAGGUAUGCUCACUACAAAAAAGAGGAAUUCUAACGCUUUAUUCAGUUGUUCAAGAAAAACAGAGCAUCAGUAAUCACGAUAUUGGAAAGGCGUUUUGGUCAAAGAUGCGUUUAGAAAAAUACCAAUAUAUUGAUUUAGUCGAAUACUAUGUGCCAAUAAACAACGAUUUAACAGAUAAUUUAACAGAUUUUAAUUUAAAUGUAGCUAAGAAAAGAUUGACGAAUAAACGACAAGACAAUAAUUUGACAACUGACAUUUCCCGCCCAAAAUCAUCUAUGCGAAGAAUUGGUAGUGACAGAGCUAAAAGUGCUGCCAGAUUUAAAAGUAUAAUUUCGAAAGAUUCGAAUUGGGAAAGUGGCAUCGUUUGUAGUGGAUUGAAAAUUGUUAAUUUACACAAUGUAGACAAUUAUUUAGUAGCUAAGAACUGUGGAGAAGUUUUAAAUUGCAGGAAAACCGGUGGAAUGUUUAAAGUUUUCAGAUUUAAUGCUUCAAACAAUGCUUCGGUGAUAACAUUUCUCGAAGCUUCUCCCAAUGGUCUGCCAUAUUUCUUAGCGGCUACUGAUUCUGGCACCAUACAUCUAUGUUGCUUGUUAACGUCGAGGGUUCUUCUUACACUGGACAGUCGAAAAACACCAUCAAUGUUGCCUGAAAAAUAUAAUGUGGAUAGCAAGGGAAGAUUCGUUGGCACCGUCGCUAAAACUGAAAUCGUUAACAACGUGUCCGAUGGAAAUAUACCAGUAACAUCUCUAGUGUGGUCACAAACAGAUCCGUUCUACAUCACUGCGGUGAUGGCCGACGGCCGCUUGGAUGUGUGGAUGUUGACACACAGCGACAUACAUCCAUACAAAGUGUAUGAAAGAACGGCUUUAGUGUGCGCAGCCAAGGAGAGGAAUCUGGCUCUUCUGAACAUAGAAGGCGAUGUUGAUAUCUACAGAAUGAAUACAAAUAAAGAUGAAACUAGAAAUUUAGAAGUUUUUAAGAAAUAUGUAUCUCUUUUAUAAAUUUUAAAACUGGCAGUUUAGAAUCGAAUAAAAAGAAAUUAAAAUACAAA